ACGGGCGACCAGUGUGCGGCAGCAACACGCCACACGGCCACAGCGAGGAGCGCCCGAAGGAGCGAGCUUUUUUACCACAACCAGCUAGGAAGGAAAAGAGACAGAAAACAGAAAAAGUGACAAAACCAAACGGUUUGUAAAAUGUCUAAAGUCCAAAGGCUGAAAGCUUUGGUGGAGGAGCGGCUGACUGCGGCUGCUGAAGACAUAUAUGUGCUGUUUGAAAGAAUCAUAGCCGAGUAUGAGGAGGAACUGUGUCGCUCCAAACAGGAGAACGAGAGGAAACAACGGCUCCUGGACUCGACUCUGAGCCCGAGAGUCGUGCUGACCAGAGUCGGUGUCCACAUGUCCUCUCUGAGUCCUGGUCUCACUCUGAAACAGGAAAUCCCAGAGACUCCACAGAUUAAAGAGGAGCCAGAAGAACAGCACAACAAACAGGAAGAAGAGGAGCUGCAAGUGUCUGUCCCUGAGGCCAAUGAUGGCUGUGUGAAGACAGAAGAGUCCUCACUGCUUCAACAAAAAGAAACUGAUCACAGAGAGGACAUCAACUCAGAGAUACAUGUCCACGGAGAGGACACACAGGGAGAGGACAUCAGCUCAGAGACACAUGUCCAUAGAGAGGACUCACAGGGAGAGGACAUCAGCUCAGAGACACAUGUCCAUAGAGAGGACUCACAGGGAGAGGACAUCAGCUCAGAGACACAUGUCCACAGAGAGGACUUACAGGGAGAGGACAUCAGCUCAGAGACACAUGUCCACCCCGAGACUGAGGGAGAGCACUCUUCUGACACUGACAGUGAUGAAGACUGGAGUGCUCCAAUCUGCUCUUCAGCUGCACAAAUGGAGACAGAGGCAGAUGGAGACCACUACAACCAAGUCCAGAGCAGAGCCAAAAGCACCACUGCACCAAACUCAAGUCUAUCCCCCAAAUACAAGUCUGCACCAGAGACCAGAGCCACUGUGGACAAUGGGGACGUGUCAGGAACAGCCGAAGGAACUGCAGACAAGAAACACCAGUCCUCUGUCCGUAAAAACAGAUUUGGCCUAAAAGGUGAUUUAAAAAAACACUUUAGAAUUCACACAGGAGACAAUCCUUACAGCUGUUCUCUCUCUGAGAAAGCAUUUACUCACAGGAAUAGUCUUAAAUACCACAUGAAAACACACACAGGAGACAAGUGUUACAGCUGUUCUGUCUGUGAGAAAGCAUUUACUCACAAUAGUAGUCUUAAAGACCACAUGAAAACACACACAGGAGAGAAACCUUACAGCUGUUUUGUCUGUGAGAAAGCAUUUACUCACAAUAGUAGUCUUAAAGACCACAUGAAAACACACACAGGAGACAAACCGCACAGCUGUUCUGUCUGUAAGAAAGCAUUUGUGCAAAAGAGUCAUCUCACAGAACACAUGAGAACACAUACAGGAGACAAACCAUACAGCUGUUCUGUCUGUAAGAAAGCAUUUAUUCAAAAGAGUAUUCUCACACAACACAUGAAAACACACGCAGGAGACAAGCGUUACAGCUGUUCUGUCUGUGAGAAAGCAUUUAUUGAAAAGAAUACUCUCACAAAACACAUGAGAAAACACACAGGAGACAAACCUUACUGCUGUUCUGUCUGUGAGAAAGCAUUUAUUGAAAAGGGUACUCUCACAAGACACAUGAAAACACACACAGGAGAGAAACCUUACAGCUGUUUUGUCUGUGAGAAAGCAUUUACUCACAAUAGUAGUCUUAAAGACCACAUGAAAACACACACAGGAGAGAAACCUUUCAGCUGUUCUGUCUGUAAGAACACAUUUAUUCAAAAGAGUAAUCUCACAUACCAUAUGAGAACACACACAGGAGAGAGGCCUUACAGCUGUCCUGUCUGUGAGAACACAUAUACUCAAGAGGGUAAUCUUGUAUGCCACAUGAGAACACACACAGGAGAGAAAUCUUUCAGCUGUUCUCUCUGUGGGAAAGCAUUUACUCACAAUAGUAGUCUUAAAGACCACAUGAAAACACACACAGGAGACAAACCUUAGAAGUGCUCUGUCUGCAAUAAACGAUACAAGGUUUUUUGCUGUGUUUAUGUGUUACAACAAGAGCCAGUUGUUUAAAAUGAUUAAAUUUUGUGAUAGAAUGUACUGUUAAUAAAAAUCAACAUUUGUGCUU